GUUCCGCAGAGUUGAUCUAGUGCCGAAAGGCCAUGACCUCGUUGCUGAGAACACAGUGAAGAUCUAUGGCUUUUUUCGGGGCACGCUCGCUCUCUUACCGUAUAACGUACUUGGAGUGAACAAAGCAUAGGAUCGGUCACUUCACUAGUGCUUACCGUUCCUGCUGGCUGGGGUACGUGACGGACCUUACGGAGAGUUCCGCCCAUAUCCGUAACGUUAUAUAACGUUGACACUCUAUUGCUAACCUCGCAGUCUUGCCUUCGAUUUAUCACGCCUUAAUCAAGACCGGGAUCUGCCGUAGCUCACCUAUAUCAAACUCUUGCCCUCAUGAGAUCCAGGUACCAGAUGCCCGUACAUGAUACAUCUCAUUCUUCUAUGAGGCAACAACAGGAACACGAUAGUCACUGUCUUACCUCCACAGAGAUAUCUCGCUCCGGAUACCAUGGCACUAACCACAAUCCUCGUCACCGGUGCAAACAGAGGCCUAGGAAAAGGCCUCCUCCAGCGCUAUCUGGCCCUCCCAAACCACACCGUGAUCGCAGGCAACCGCGACCCCACCCACGCAACAUCGCAAGCCCUCAAUGGCCUACCCAAAGCCGACGGAAGCAAGCUCAUAGUAGUGAAGAUCGAUGCCUCUGUCGAGAAGGAUGCCCAUGACGCUGUAAAGGAGCUGCAGGAAACUCACGGCAUCACCCACCUCGACAUUGUCAUCGCCAACGCCGGCAUCUCGUACGCCUGGCCGGCCAUCGCCGAGCUCAAGACCGCCGACCUCCAGGCGCACAUGGAGUCCAACGUCUACGGUGUCGUCGCGCUGUAUCAGGCUACGCGGCCGCUACUGCGCAAGUCAUCCAAGGAACCAAUGUUUGUACCGAUGGGUUCGACGGCUGGGUGUAUAGAGAACCAACCUCCCAUCCCAAACGCCGCUUACGGCCCCUCCAAGGCCGCGGUGAAUUGGCUCACGGUCAGGAUGAACGCCGAAGAAGACUGGCUCAACGCCUGGGUACUGAUUCCGGGCUGGGUCCAGACCGACCUCGGCAAUGCGGGCGCUCGAGGCCUGGGGCUGGAGAAGGCACACAUUGGCGUCGAUGAGUCGUGCGAUGGUAUGAUGGGGGUCCUUGCUGCGGCGAGCAAGGAGAAGUAUGGUGGCAAGAUGGUGGCGUAUAAUGGCGACUUUCCGGGGUGGUAGGUAGUCAAUCCAGGUCUGUUUAUCUAUGAAUACUCUUGUUCAAAAUGGUGGCUUACCUACACACGCAACCCUUAUGAUAUUCAUUUACCUGGUGUAACGUGAGGUUGUCUGGAAUCAGGG